UUGUUGUCAUUGGUUUCAACAUGAACACCUUGCCGGUAACAACAACAACAACAACAGCAGCAGCAACAACAACUCCAGUAACACCAUCCACUUUAGCUUGAUUAAUCGAAUAUCGAUGUCCUGUGUUGUUCCACUGUGUAACUUUUAUGGGACAAUGAAACCGGUCAUGUAUCGCUGACAAUUACAAUUUAAUGUGUACAUAUACUUGGUUUUCAGAAUGGAGUACCGUUUGGAAAGGUACUCACCCCAGCAUCCACUGCCAGAGAGCAUUCAGAAGAUGGAAGUGAAUGAAACAGUGUGUCAUUACUGUGGAGUAAGCUAUCUCAUUCACAGAGAAAUUAAAGCACUUGAAGAUAAGAUCCUAAGAUUGGAAUUGGAAUUGAAAAAAUGCAGAGAUGCCGAACAGAGAGAAAAGGAGCUUAUUUCUCGGGUUAAUAGUCUGCAGCAAUCUCUUGAAGAAGUCCAACAGCAGAAGGAAACACUACAUAAUGCUUCCACAUUAAAUGAAGCCCAGCUGGAGAGUCGGAAUAAAGAGCUCAAAGAAUCUAGAACGCAUUUGAAAAGACUGGAAGCAGAUAUUGAUGAUCUUAACAAAGAAAUUUCUCUGCUUUCUUCUGCUAAUAAUGGCUACAAGAAUGAAAAUAGCCAGACUAAAUCAAAACUGAAAACUGUUGUAAAAUGUCUGCAAAGUCUAAAGAUAGAAUUUGUUAGUAUUUCUGAUAUAGCAGAAGAAAAUAAGAAGUAUGCCAACCAAAAAGUUAAAGAAUUCAGGAGCUAUCUUCAACAAAUCAUUGCUGCUCAUCAAACAGAUCUUCAGCAAAUGAAGCUGAAGAAUUUUUCCUUGGAGAAAGAAAAUAACGAGUUAUUGAAAUUGAAGGAGAAUUAUUUAAAGAUUGAAAAGGAUAGUCAUGUUUUUAAGAGAAAUGCUGACCUUGCUGAUCAGAAACUGAAGAAUUUAGAGAAUGCCAACCAAUUGAAUAAACAAAGAAUCAGAGAACUUGAAGACAAACUAGAAAAUUAUCAAGAAAUCAAUCACCAAAGCGUUAUGGAAGGCAAUCAAUACAAGGAUCAGCUUAAAAAUAUGAAGAAUAUGGUUGAAGAACUGAACUGCCAACUAAGGAAAAAGGAACAACAUAUGGAGAAUCUACUUCAGAACAGUCAAAUUGAAGUGCAUGAGCUGCAACAAAAGCUGCAUGCUGUGAGGAGAGAGUGCAAUCGAGUGCAAGAGCAACUUAGCACAAAGCAGACAGAUGAUAAUGAGAUUAAACGGAAACAACAAGUGACGUCAACUCUUGUAGAACAGCUGCGAGAUUCUGAGAAGAAACUUCGGUCUGAAAUUGAAUCUUUAAAGAAAGAAAGAGACAUGACAACUUCAGCUCAUCAAGAUCAGAUACUGCAAUUAAAAAAUAGCUUUAGACAGAAACUGGAAGAAUUUGAAAAUAGUCCACUUAAGCUGGAGACAGUUCUACAAAAAGAAAGAAACAAUCAUAUUCUUGAAAUUGAGAAAUUAAAAGAGGAAAUGUCUGAGAGUUUCCACAUGAGUCUUGAAAUUGAGAAACAGAAAUAUCAGAAACUUUUAGACAAGUACCAAGAGGACAGAUUAAAUGCUGAAGAAAUUGCAAAGAAACAAGUGGCAUCAGCCGUGCAGUGCCAUGUUGAAGCUAUAAAUGAUUUGGAAGAAUUAUUAUCCAGUACCCGAAAUACUUUCACUGAGAAUGAAAUUGCCUUGAAGAAAGAGAUAGAUGGAUUGAAAAAAGUCAUCAAAGACCUGGAAAAACGUAUCGCAAAUUCUGAUAAAGCUGAGGAAGAUGAAACUACAAAGCUGAACUUAGAACUUGCAGGGAAGCGGCAAGAACUUAAAGACUUUGAAAGUAAAUUGAAAACUUGUAAUCAGCAACUAGAAGAAGCUAAUUGUCAGAUUUUGAAUCUGCAGAAAACUGUGCAUGAUGAAUGUAAAGAACGACUGGAACUGACAGAAUCCCUAAUGGCAGCUCGAACUGAGCUUCUUCAGUUAAAGAAACCCCUUGGUGGUUAUAACAAAAUUGCAGGUAAGACAGAAUGGUCCAUGUUAUCAUCAGAAGACAUAAAGAAUCCUCCAUUAACAACUCAGUCAGAUAAUCAUUUGGUCCACAAAAAGUUGGAUUUGCAGAAUUUUCACAACCCUCAGCCAACACUAAGAACUGCAGAUAAUUUGACAACACUUUCUGAGCCACUGAAAAAAUCCAGUAAUGUUCAGAAUAAGGGGAAGGUUGCUAUUUCUAAUCCUAGAUUAGCUACAACAAAACCAACCAGAGAUAAUCAAUUAUACAGAAGAUCAAUAUCAGAAGACAGGAGAAGGUUUUUAGCUUUACUCAGCAAAAAUCCUUGAAAAUUUUUAAUUAAAGACACAGAAUAAUUACAACCAAAACUACCCAGCUAAAAACAUUUGACAGAAUUACCUUUUUUGUUUUUGAUCUUGUCAAAAAUUAGUUCUGGUUAGUAAGUAACAAUGGAAUAAAUAUUGAUUGUAUAUAGUUUAAA